UCUAACUUUUUUGUUUUUUUUUUUGGGUUUAAUUACUCCGUAUUAUUUUUGCUCCAAACUUUUUCCCAUUCAAUUUAGGCAGAAAAUAUAUAGCAGUAUAAUAUAUUUAAUUAAUUAUAUUAGUACGUGUAUGUAUAUAGAGGCAUUGGAAGAAUCAAAGAAUGUUUCUGAUCUCUGGAGCAGAGGAAGAAGAAGAACGGAUUCCCCUCUCAUGCUCCACCGUCUGUUUUUUGCGUUAUUUCACGAUAUUCAUAAUAACGGCCUUUGAAAGUCGCGGCGAUUGCUUUGCUGCGCGGCCUCCUCCUUCUCCGGGAUCGCGUCUUCUCCAGGUUUCAUUAACAGAAUUGGCUCCAGUAGCAUGUUAUUUGCCCCCAAGAAUUUAUUGAGAAGGGAAAAGCUAAUGAUAGAUUGGCUUCACAAUGGUUGAACUUUGCAUUUCAUUUUUAAGGAUAUUGACCAGCUCCACUUCUUAUAGUACUUAUCUAUUUGGAUGGCUGGUUACAGUAGCAUGUGGACUUUACGCUGUUGUAUAUGGAUUCCUUAAAUGGAAGCGGAAGGCAUCUCUCAAUUGGGUUAAAGCUGCUGCUAGAGCAAAGAAGCAAGCCUGGAAAAAGUUGAAGGUUCCCUUGUCAGAACAUACAUGGGUUGAAGAUUUUGCUAAUAAUGGCAGACAGCCAUCCACAUGUAGUGUUUGCCUUACUUCCCUCGUGCCCCCAAAAAAAUUAGGCACAAAAGCCUCAUCAUGUACAUUAGUACAUCGCUGCUCUGUUUGUGGUGUUGCAGCACAUUUUAACUGUUCUAAGUUUGCAUCAAAGGAUUGCAAAUGUGUAGCACAAGCUGGGUUUAGCCAUGUGCAACACCAUUGGUCAGAAAGGUGGAUUAAGUUGGAUGUGAGCCCUGAGAUGUCUGCCUUCUGUUUUUAUUGUGAUGAACCUUGUGGUAUUCCUUUCCUUGAUGUAUCUCCUACUUGGCAUUGCUUAUGGUGUCAACAGCUUAUACAUGUUAAAUGUCAUGCUAAGAUGUCUGAAGAGUCUGGUGAUGUUUGUAAUCUGGGUCCUCUGAGGAGGCUAAUUCUUUCUCCACUCCAUGUCAAAGACAUUGAAACUGAAACAAAUGAUUGUGGGGCAUUGAGGCAAAUGUCAGACAAAAUGGUUUCCUCUUCUGUUCGUGGGCAAAUGAGAAGAAAACGUCAUCGGAACAAACAUGGCAGUAACCAUAUGCUCAAUGGUACACAACAAGACCCUUCGUCUCCUAAGAGAGCACUUGAAUUCUUGCUUAGUGGUCUUGCUCUUCUGAAGAAUUCCAGCGGUGAGAAAAAAGACAGCCCUCUCGUUAGUAAUAGUGAAUCUUCUGAUAAGAAUGGUAUUCAAAAUGGAUUGGGCAGAAAGGGCCAAUCAAAGAAGUAUGCUCUUGUAGACUUACCUCAGGAUGCAAGACCUCUUUUAGUUUUCAUUAACAAGAAAAGUGGAGCUCAGAAUGGUACUUCCCUUAGGAGAAGGUUGAAUAUGCUAUUAAAUCCUGUGCAGAUUUUUGAACUCAGCUCCUCCCAGGGUCCUGAAGCUGGUUUAGAUAUGUUCAGUAAUUUGCAGUAUUUUCGGGUUUUGGUUUGUGGUGGGGAUGGAACUGUUGCCUGGGUCCUUGAUGCAAUUGAGAGGUAUCAGUUUGAGUCACCUCCACCAGUUGCAGUCCUCCCUUUGGGGACUGGAAAUGAUUUGUCUAGGGUACUCCAAUGGGGAGGUGGAUUCUCAAUGGUUGAAGGGCAAGGUGGAGUUGGCGCCUAUCUGCAUGAUUUGAACAAUGCAGCAGUUACAAUGCUAGAUCGCUGGAGCGUUGAUAUAACACAUGAGAAAUCAGCUCUUGAUACCAAAAAAGUUAAGCCAAAGUUCAUGAUGAACUACUUGGGUAUUGGUUGUGAUGCAAAGGUUGCUUAUGAAUUUCACUUGAACAGGGAAGAAAACCCUAUGAAAUUUUGCAGCCGGUUUGUGAAUAAAUUACGAUAUGCAAAAGAAGGUGCCAAGGAUAUAGUGGACAGAACCUGUGCAGAUUUGCCGUGGCAAGUAUGGCUUGAAGUAGAUGGGAAGGACAUACAUAUUCCAAAGGAUGCCGAGGGCUUGAUUGUACUCAAUAUUGGUAGCUAUAUGGGUGGAGUUGAUCUCUGGCAAAAUGAUUUAGAGCAUGAUGAUGACUUUGGGCAUCAAUCCAUGCAUGAUAAAAUGCUUGAAGUUGUUUGUGUUUCUGGAGCAUGGCACCUUGGCAAACUUCAGGUUGGGCUUUCCCAAGCAAGGAGACUGGCCCAAGGUGGAACAAUAAAGAUACACAUCUCCAGUCCUUUCCCAGUCCAAAUUGAUGGGGAACCAUUUAUACAGCAACCAGGAUGCUUAGAGAUCACACACCACAGACAGGUGUUUAUGUUGAGGAGGACAUCGGGAUUGGAUGGGCGAAGAGGACAUGCAGCAGCUAUCAUGACAGAGGUUUUGGUGGAUGCCGAAUGUAAAGGCGUGAUCAGUGCAGCUCAAAAGAACAUGCUGCUUCAGCAGAUAGCUCUUCAACUUUCUUGAUUCAUAAUUGCAGCCAUUGACCCUAUAUCUGCAAAAUUGCGUUUAGAACAUUUUCCCUCUACCAAUGAAUUUUGACAUAGGAUUUGUACAAUAGGAGCUAAUACAUUACAAAGGCACUGCUGCCUAGAGAUGUUAGAUUUCCCGGAGAGACUUGAUAUUAAAAAGGUCCAGGUCUUAUACAUGUUUUAUUACACUUGUAUAUGCUAUAGUACGAAUCUCGUUGCUAGGGAACGCAAAUGUAAAAAAAAAAAAAAGGAGCUUUUUUAUUAGGAAGUUGAAGGAUAAAACUAGUUGGAUAUUGACCAACAUUUGGCAGUAAGUGCUCUUUUGCAUUCUUGGAAAAUCCUUCUUUUUCUUUUUCUUCUUCUUUUAGUUUGGAGAACAUGAAGUACUGAUGAUAGUAAA